AUUUCAUGGCUCGACUCUCCUGUAGGAGCUUAUGGUACGACCGACUGUCUUCACAUGUUGCAAAGAGGGGACCCCCUCAAAGCGAUUCAAUGGAUUCCUCAUCAGUGUGAAUAAGGUCCAUCAUCGACCGGUUCAGUAGAGUCUGUUCACUCGGCCAUCGACAUGUUCUCCCGGUUAACACGAUUCAUCCGGGUCGAUGCCAUCCCCAACACUGGCUCCGUAGCCCGCGAUCUUUUGGCAUCAGAAAGGACAUUUCUGGCCUGGGCUCGCACUGGCCUAGGCUUCAUCGCUUUGGGAGUUGCUCUCGAGAAAGUGGAAGCAUUUGCAGCCUUGUCGCCUACGCUUCUUCAUCUCUCAGACUCCCGGACCAAGAUUGCGGCAGGUGUACUUGUCGGCAGUGGGAGCCUUUGUGUCGGACACGGCACGGUCAGGUAUUUCAGUACCCUUCGAUUGAUACAACGAGGCAAAUUUCGUCCGAACACUGGCGGAGUCACUCUGAUGGCCAUCACUUGUAUCGGCAUCGCAGUCAGUGGUAGUAUCCUGGUUCUGGAGAACGAAGCGCAACAGAAUCGGCUUAAAGAGGAACAGAAGACAUGAGCUUCAAGAGUGAGUAAUGCAUGAAUCACUUUCUUCCAGGCGUCAAAGUCAUGUCUUAUAUCUAUUUC